AUGGCUUUAAGCAUUUUUGAAUCAGUUGUGCUUAUUCUGAAUGCAUUAAUUGAUGACUUUUUGGGCCGUGGGCUACGCUAUUUCACAAAUGGAAAAGUCAACAUAAAGCUUGAUGCUGUUUCCACCGCAGCCUGUCAGUUUUUUGAAUUUGCAGAGCUAUGGAAUGGCUUUAUAGCCGCCUACAUUAUGCUUGCGUUUGGAAUUGACCGAGUGUUAUCUAUCAGCCUUCCUCAUAAGUUUCAUCGGGACCUUCUUAUUAACGAAACUCUGAUCGUCUACAUGGCAAUAAUGAUUGUUGGAGCCGCACUAAGCGCACCCGUCGCGGCGAAUUUCGGAAUUAAGUACGACGAGCAUGAUACAAUUAAGCCAUGGCAUCCACAGGCUCGCAGUAAGCGAUGA